GCGGGAAGGCAGGCGGGAAGGCGGGCGCCGGGACGUGCUGGAGCCGCCUGUCAUGUUGGUGGAGCUGCUCUUCCAGGCUGCCUGUGUGUCCCUGUUCCUCUCCAGCGGCCAGGGCAGGGUGUAUCCCGCGAGGAAGAAGCCGGCCAGCUUUGCCGUGGAGAGGCGCCGCGUGGGGCCCCACGUCUGCUUCCCAGGCUCCGGCAGCGGAUGUUGUCCUGGCUGGAUGCUGUCUCCGGGCAGCGGGAAGUGCACCCUGCCGCUCUGCUCCUUCGGCUGCGGUGGUGGUUCCUGCAUCGCUCCCAACCUCUGCAUGUGCCCGGAUGGAGAGCAGGGAAUCACCUGCCCAGAACCGCCAGGGACUUGCGGAGAGUACGGCUGUGACCUGUCCUGUAACCAUGGCGGCUGCCAGGAGGUCGCCCGCGUGUGUCCCGUUGGCUUCUCCAUGGCCGAGACGGCCAACGGCGUCCGCUGCACCGAUAUCGAUGAGUGCCAGAGCGCGGCCUGUGAGGGGACGUGCGUGAACACGGAGGGAGGCUUUGCCUGCGAGUGCGGAGCUGGCCGGGAGCUCUCUGCUGACCGCCGCAGCUGCCGGGACACGGAUGAAUGCCAGGCCACGCCGUGCCAGCACCGCUGCGAGAACAGCGUGGGCAGCUACCGCUGCUCCUGCCGGCCCGGAUACCACCUCCAUGGGAAUCGGCAUUCCUGCGUGGAUGUGGACGAGUGCCGACGGCCUGGCACACGCCGCUCCUGCCAGCACAGCUGCCACAACAUUCCCGGCAGCUUCCGCUGCUCCUGCCACCCCGGAUACCGGCUCAGCACAGACAGGGUGUCCUGCGAAGGUAUCCAUGUCCUUCUCCUGGCUGGAGGAGUAGAGUGGGAUGCUCCCAUCUCCCUGCCAGCCCCAAGUGAUGUCUCUGCCUUCCUGAUUUCCUUCCUAGGGUAUCCCAAAUCUAUCCUGGCCCCGUCGCCCAUCCUGCAAUCCCUGCAGCAUCCACCCACCCUUGUCCUGCUCCCUCCUGGCUCCCACCUGCUCCCAAGGGGCUCCCCCUCUCCCCACUUCCCUGUAGCAGCUCCUGGUACCCAAUUCCCUCCCUCCUCCCCAUCCUUGUCCCCUGAGCCAUCCCCACGUGCCAUGGAAGCCCCUGGCAUCUCCAUCCCACCAUCUCAUGAUUGUUGGCACCGGGGAAUCUCUCAGGAGCCCGGCAGUCGCUGGACAGAGCCAGGCUGCCAGAGCUGCACCUGCCAGGGGGGACAAGUCCUCUGUGACACCGUGAGCUGCUCCGUUCCCUGCUCCCACCCGCUUCCCGCUCCGGCUGGGGGUUGCUGCCCCACCUGCACAGGGUGCCUGCACGAGGGGGUGACCAGGGCCGAGGGCGAUGUCUUCUCCCCAUCCGAUGGGAAUUGCACCGUCUGCGUCUGCUUGGCCGGGAAUGUCUCCUGCCUGUCCCCGGAAUGUCCCCCAGGAUCCUGCCCCAGCCCCUCUCCGGCUGACUGCUGCUCCUGCAAUCCAGAAAAGUGCAAUUUCCGGGGACGCACAUACGCACACGGAGCCCGGUUCAGCCUGGAUGGGGACGACUGCACCACCUGUGUCUGCCAGGGAGGAGAGGUGGAAUGUUCCUUCACUCCCUGCCCCGUGCUGGAUUGUCCCCAGCACCAGCGGCAGCUGGGUCCCGGGCAGUGCUGCUCCACCUGCCGGGACCCUCCAGCCCCUGCCGGUUGCUUCCUGGAUGACAACGGCGUGGAGUUUCCCGUUGGACAGAUCUGGUCUCCGGGCGAUCCCUGUGAGUUAUGCAUCUGCCAGGCAGACGGCUCCGUGAGCUGCCAGCGCACGGAUUGUGUGGAGACGUGUCCUUAUCCCAUCCGCAUUCCCGGGCAGUGCUGCCCCGACUGCUCCGCAGGCUGCACCUACAUGGGGAGGAUCUUUUCCAACAACGAGACCUUCCCGUCGGCGCUGGAUCCCUGCCUGAGCUGCAUCUGCCUGCUGGGCUCGGUGGCCUGCUCGCCUCUGGAAUGUGCCAUCGUGUGCUCCUACCCCUUCCACCCCGAGGGUCGGUGCUGCCCCGUCUGUGAGGACUGCAACUACCAGGGCAGGAAGGUGGAGAACGGCCAGAGCUUCAUUCCCGAGGGACAGCCCUGUACCCGCUGCACCUGCCAGCUUGGAGAGGUGAGCUGUGAGGAGAGGCCGUGCCCCCGCUCCUGCUCUGAGCCCCACACACUGCCCAUGGGCUGCUGCCCAUCCUGCCCAGUCACAGACAUCCGGCUCCUGCUGCAGGGCAGUGACCUGUCCCCAUCCUCAUCCCAGUCCUCAUCCCAGUCCCCAUCCUCAUCCCAGUCCUCAUCCCAGUCCCCAUCCUUAACCAUCCUCUUCCCAUCCUCAUCCCAGUCCCCAGUCCCUGAAGAUUCACCCCCUGGCACCCCUCAACACCACCGCUACCGCCUGGCCCAGCUCCUGCUUCCCACCACACCCCCCCUUGGCCCCUCUCCAGGGAUUUGGGGUGCUGGGAUGCCCCCUCCGACCACUCCAAUUCCUUCUGGGUACCCCUUGGCACCCACAGCACCCCCUGACCCCCUCUGUGAGGCCACAGCUCCCCCUGAUGCCACAGGCAGCCCUGAGGUUCAGGGAUCCCCCAGGAAUGAGGAUCCCUCUGCGGUGCCAUUGGACAGCCCCAGGUUCCAGGUGCCAGGUGUGCCUGGAACACCGUGAGGAGGAGAAGGAGGAUGAAGGAAAGGAGGAAAAGGGGGUCUGCAGGACCAGCAGGCCUGGCCCUGGGGAGGGAGCAGCUGUCCCCCUGCCACCAAUAAAGUCA